AUGAUCAAACACUGGAGUGUCACCUCAUUCUUGGCACUAGCACUGCUAUGGUGCUUCACUGGGACAAAGGUUGAAGCUUGGAAGCCAUCUUCUGGACAGAAUCUACCAGAUCCGCCCUUCCUUCACCGUUAUGACCCACUACGACCGCCUUAUCAAAAUCCAUUACCGAAGCCUUCACCCCCCAAGCCAUCUGCGGGCCUAUCUCCCCCAAAACCGAACAAUCCUUCACACCCCGGACCACCCUAUUCCCCUGACCAUGUCUUCCCACCUUACGUACCUGCAGGGUCAAAUUUCCAUCGUCAAAACUUUCAAAAUCCAAAUUUCCCACUACCAUGGCCUUUUCUCCCAUCUCCUCCAUUGCAAAAUCCUCCACCACCACAAAAGCCUUUUGGAGAGCAACAUAAUCCACUAGCGACGGGACCAUAUGUUUUCCUGAAACCACCCUAUGACCCUCUGUCACAGAAUCCAAAGUUCUCACAGCUGCCAUUGAAGUAUCCUUCAUUAUCCCACCAACCUGUGGACUCUCCAUCGGAGAAGCCUUCAAACCUCGUAGUGCAUCACCCUUUACCAUACAACCCAACGGUUCCUGUUUAUCCACCUUCAAACCUGCCAAAGCCACCAAACUCCAAACCACAAACGGAGCAGCAAAGAGUAGCGCUUCUUUACUACGAUGCUGUGGACCAACUACCAAACAAUCCUUCAUUACCCAGACCACCUUUACUUCCAGUUCAUCAUCUACCCAGUUAUCCUUCAUUCCACCCAAAACCUGUGGACCGACCACAGCAAAAUCCUUCAACUCCACCACCUGUCCACCAACAACAAACGGGACCAGUUUAUCCCGUACCCAAUAAUCCUUCAUUCCCUCAACUGCCUGUGGGCCCUCCUUAUUCUCAUAAAAAAGGAAAAACCCCAUUACCUCGAGGAUAUUCAGAUGAUGAUUAUUCCCAGGAACCUCAGCCAAAGCAACCUUGGAAAGAGACAUCGGUCCCUUACCCGCCCAGUGUGAAAGACCCUAAUUUCCACAACUGUGAUGUUAUAGGACUCCAAAGAAUCCCAUGUGGAAGUUCUGAUAUUUCUGUUGCUGCAUGUGAAGCCAUUAGCUGUUGCUACGAUGGAGACAAUUGCUACUUUGGGAAAAGUGUGACUGUCCAGUGCACUAAAGAUGCUCAGUUCAUUUUGGUAGCCGCCAGAGAUGCCACUCUACCCAACAUAGACAUCGAGACUAUUUCACUGUUGGCAGGUGGUCCUGGCUGUACACAAGUUGACUCCAAUUCUGGUUUUUCUAUAUAUCAGUUUCCCGUGACUGCCUGUGGUUCCAUCGUUACGGAGGAGGCUGGUAAAAUAAUCUAUGAGAAUAGGAUGACCUCCUCAUAUGAAGUUGCAGUGGGGCUCCAGGGUGCCAUAACCAGGGACAGCAACUUUGAUUUACUCUUCCAGUGUAGAUACACAGACACUUCGGUUGAGACUUUUGUUGCAGAAAUUCUAGCAUUGGAGAGUCCUCCUUUAUCAGUGGCUGCUCUGGGUCCCAUUAAUGUGCAGCUGAGGUUGGGUAAUGGACAAUGCCUUUCGAAGGGUUGUAAUGAAGUGGAGGUGGCUUAUAGCUCUUUCUAUACGGAUGCCGACUAUCCUAUCAGAAAAAUAUUAAGGGACAACGUGUACGUGGAGGUUCAACUCAUGGACAGGACUGAUCACAAUCUCGGCCUCAGCCUCGUUCGCUGUUGGACCACCACCAGUGCCAAUCCUCACACAAUCCCUCAGUGGGACAUUCUAAUCAACGGGUGUCCAAACAUUGAUGAUCGCUACACAUCUAUGCUGGUUCCUGUUGGUCCUGGCUCUGGUGUAGAGUUCCCAAGUCACCACAGGCGCUUCAUUUUCAGAAUGUUUACCUUCGUAGAUCCGAGCUCACUAAUGCCCCAGAGUGAACACGUGUACAUUCACUGUAGCACAUCUCUAUGCAAGGCAGAUUCUGGCCAUUCUUGUGAGCCCAUAUGCUUCAGGAAAAAGAGAGAUGUAACGUCUGUGGCCCAGACAAAGGAGGAAUCAAAGAUUGUGGUCUCUGCUGGACCUCUGGUCAUGUCCACACCCUAAACAGCAUCUGGCAGAGAUCAUGUUUUGUCAGAACCGUUUAACAGCAUUUGCGACCAAAACACUAUUAAUUGAUGAGUGGUGUGGAAUGAACAGUCGAGUAUUAAAUUGUAACGGCUGCAAAAGAACACUAGAGAACAAGGACUGUCAACUCUCCAAAUAACUUGGUCAUGAAAUGUCGAUUCAGUAGGAUUACAUUUAGAUUUGUAACCUCAGCCACAAACACUGACACUUUUCAAAGCUUCAAUUUGAAUUGCAUUGUGACACAAUAUUAUAAACAUCAUUUCAUUCUCUUUAAGUGGUUUUUUUCACAUUUUAAAUUAGAAAAAUAUUAUUACCAAACAGAAAAAGUCACAAAAAUUAUGAAUACUGAAAUAAUGAUGAUCUUGCCUUAAUUUACUCACAAAUAUUUUUAUUUAGGUGGAACGGUGUACGACUAGUUAGCACAUCUGCCUCACAGUUCUGAGGACCAGGCUUCAAAUCCCGGCCCCGCCUGUGUGGAGUUUGCAUGUUGUCCCUGGGCCUGCGUGGGUUUUCUCCGGGUACUCCGGUUUCCUCCCACAUCCCAAAAACAUGCAGGGUAUUGAAGACUCUAAAUUGUCCGUUGGUGUGAAUGUGAGUGCGAAUGGUUGUUUUUUUGUGUGUGCCCUGCGAUUGGCUGGCGACCAGUUCAGGGUGUACCCCGCCUCUCGCCCGAAGUUAGCUGGCAUAGGCUCCAGCACGCCCGCGACCCUAGUGAAGAUAAGCGGAAUGGAAGAUGAAUGAAUGAAUGAGUUGUGUAUAUGUUUAAUUGAAGACAAACCUGAUAUACUCACAGGAAGCCAUGACUUAUUCUGUCGCUGUGAUGGUAACAGGUGAUACACAGGUUUACUGUAACUUCUGUCAUCUAAUGUAACCACAUUUAAUUGCCGAUCACUGGCAUAGACAGAUGAACAGAAAUAAUUUGUAAUUAAUUAAUAAUCGUUUUAGGACAACUUAAGUGAAAUUGGAUAAUUUCCUCCGGCACCUCUGAUUAUCUCUCAAAGCACACUCGUGUGCCACAACACCCUGGUUGGGAAUCACUUAAAAUCAA